CUCCGCCCCCUCCAGCUCGCACGCCCUAUAACGGUGGGCGCGCUCUCGCGAGACCACGUCCGCGGCGUCGCGAUGGAGGAGUCAUGCCCCGGCACUGCUCGGCCGCGGGCUGCUGCACCCGCGACACGCGCGAGACUCGGACCCGCGGGAUCUCCUUCCACAGGCUGCCCAAGAAGGACAACCCCCGGCGCGGGCUCUGGCUGGCCAACUGCCGGCGGCUGGACCCCAGCGGGCAGGGGCUCUGGGACCCCGCGUCCGAGUACAUCUACUUCUGCUCCAAGCACUUCGAGGAGAACUGCUUUGAGCUGGUGGGGAUCAGUGGGUAUCAUCGGCUGAAGGAAGGGGCUGUUCCCACCAUCUUCGAGUCCUUCUCCAAGCUGCGCCGAGCCUCCAAGCCCAAGACGCGGGGGUACCAGCCCGGCUCCCCCGAUCUUGCCCGCCUCAGAAGACGAAGGCGCCGCUGUUCUGCGGGUCGGGCGCCCCCCGCACCGGUGACCAACACCCUGGUGAAUGGCCCCACUCCUGUGGAUGUCCCCUGCUUCCCCGAGGAAGCAGCGCCCGCCCCUGAAGGCCCCACUCCUCCGGGGAGCCUGCCGGCUCUGCCUCCUUCACCAGCCCCCAGCGGCCUCGUGAGCCCAUUCUCGGACCUCCUGGAGCCCCUGGAGCCCCGUGGGGACGAAGCGAGCUGCGGGAGCCCCCCAUCCCCGGAGCGGGAGCCCUCGCCCUCGGCCGCCCGGCCCGUGUCCCCGUCGGCCUACAUGCUGCGGCUGCCCCCGCCGGCCGGCGCCUAUAUCCAGAACGAGCACAGCUACCAGGUGGGCAGCGCACUGCUGUGGAAGCGGCGGGCGGAGGCGGCCCUGGAUGCCCUGGACAAAGCCCAGCGCCAGCUGCAGGCCUGCAAGCGCCGAGAGCAGCGGCUGCGGCUACGGAUUGCACGGCUGCAGCAAGAGCGGGCACGGGAGAAGUGGGCCCAGGCGGAUGCCCGGCAGACCCUCAAGGAGCACCUGCAGGGCUUGGAGCUGCAGUGAAGGUGCCAGUCCUCACCACCCUCCCUGAGGGCCACCCUGGGAGCCUGGCUUUGGGACCCGAUGCCCAGUACAGUAGGGAGCUGUGCCAGGCCCAGCCCGAGACCAUGGUACCUCCACAGUAUUUCUGGGGGUCUUUGUGAUCUUCAUCCCCAACUCUGCUCAGCAUCUCCCUCCCUCCACAUGCUGUGUGUUCCCCUGCCUGGGCCCAGAAGGUCAGGGGCAGUGUCUGCAGCUGCGGUGCUGAAAUGCCAAGGCCGGGCACCCCAGGAGCACAUGCCCCCUCACACCUGUGGGGGUCGGGAGGGAGGAAAAACCAGCUCAAAGCCAAGGCUUUGUUCCAUUCGUUUCAUGUCAAACCGUUCCCUGAUGGCCAGUAAAGACGCUGGAGACCA